ACUAUUGUGAGCAUAUUGGGCUGAAAGCAGGCGGGGCCACGCGGAGGCUGAGGCGAGGGGGGAUGCUGCAGCACAAGCGAAGAUUCUGGACAUCAUCGAAGAAAAAAGAUACGAUUUGCUAUUAGUGAAAAAAAAAAAAAAAACGGCGGAAGUAACGAUCCGAUCCACCGCGAGUCGCGCGUCCGUGUGUCGGGAUGCUGAGGCGGAGUGGCGCUCCACGGUGUGCUAGAAGUCAGCCGUCGAAUGUCAGCUGAUAUUAUGCGGGGAACGAGGCCCGCUGGAUGGAUUAAAAAGGAACAAAGCACCGCUUCAAGCGACGUUUUGCACACUGACAGCCAAGGAUGGUGGACCCCUCCGAGGCUGAGGAGCAAACCACCAAGUCUGUCACCCCGCAGCCGGUGGCCUCUGGUGUGGCCCCAGGAGAUCGCCGCUUGCCGGACCAGGCGGAUGGCGCCAUUGCAGAGGAGGAAGGCGAUGCUAUUGGGGAGGAGGAAGGUGACGCCUGCGACUUUCAGACGCCGCCCAGCGGAAGUUCCGAGCCGAGCCCCUGCCACGUGGCAUCCCCUCCGGUCCAGUCGCCCCCACCUCCGGAACCCGAUGGCGAUCCGUCACCCAAGCUGCACCUGGAUUUGUACAACUUCGACUCCCCGGCGGCAGAGGGCAGCCGUUACGUGUUGACGAGCCCGCGCUCGCUGGAAGCUUGCGCCCGCUGUGGUGUCAAACCCGUGGAGCUGCUGUCCCGCCCACUCUCCGACUUUGCCCGCGAGGCACCUGGUCGCUCCAUGCGGGUGGCGACUGGUCUGUUCGAGGUCUACGAGCGGGAGCGUCAUGCCAAGCUGCGCCACUGCAGGGAGGAGCGGGAGCGCAUCAUCAGGGAGGAGAAGCGGCGGGCAAUGCAGGUGGCGGUCAAUACUUGCGCAUCGACAUUGGAGCAACACAAAAUCAUCGCUCAGCCUCCUAAACAAGAGAUCUCCAGCUCUCCUGCCGUUCCGGUUUCAGCUUCAAAACCAGGAACAUCUCUCCAAUCGAAACCGAACAAAUUAAGUUCCUCAGUUCCCAAGCAGUCCUCUGCUCCUCCAGCAGUAGUUCGUAAGUCUUCCAGCGGUAAAUCCUGCAACACGUUCCCCAGACCAACAUCAAAAGCUCCCAUCUUCAUCAGAGCCAAGUCCACUUUGAUGCCAACGGGGUCAAAACCACUGAAUGGCGUUGCAGGAGGUUUGUUUUUGCAGCACAACGGCCACUUCCACCCUAAGAUACGAGCCAAAAGCCACUCCAUGGAGUCCCUGCAAAGGAGGACGGAGCUGGUUUCGUCUGCAUCCAACACCUGCACCUCCUCAGAAUCUGGGGCUUCGUCAUACAGCUGGGAAGGGCCGCGUGACCGUUGGGCCAAAUCUUCCAGCCCUCGCACCAGGACACUGGCCGCGUUCAACUCCCUGAUGGGCCGCAGUCUCAGCCUCGGUGAUCUUAGUCACUCGCCGCAAACCACGCAGAAGGUGGAACGUAUCGUGAAGGAGGUCAAGCGGCGGGGCCUGAACACAGUGUCGGAGCGUGACCGCAAGAUCGCGGCACUGAUGCUGGCUCGAUACCAGGAGGAAGACAUCAUGAGCCAGACCCGCUAUGUGGCCCACCUCCAAUGGGACAGCGAGCGACGGAUGGAGGAGCUUCGGCGGGAGCGGGAUGAACGCGACAAGCGCCGCGCAGUGCAGGAGGGUCAGAGGAUGUGGCAGACGCAGGUGUCCACGCGGCAAGAGAGGCUCAGCCGGGAGGAGCGCCGCUCGGCCACUGUUAAGAUGCGGCAAGUGGAGGAGAGCGAGAAGCAGUGGCGCGAAUUGGCCGAGCGGCAGGAACGCAACCGCCUGCGCAAGCUGCAGCAGGCGGCGCGAGAGGAGAAGCACAAGAAGUCCUUGCAAGAGCAGAACCUCAAGGCUUUGGAGGAGGAACGGGCAGCAGUGUUGGAGCAGGAGCGCCUGCUACUGCGAGAGAAGCUCACCAUGGCCGAACUCAAGCGGCAGGAAAAGGAACACCAGUCCCGGGAGGAGCGGCGGGGCCUGAACAAGGCCGAGCGAAGGCGCCACGCUGCCCUCAUCCAGGAGAUCGCUCGGAGAGAGCGAGAGGAAUGCGAAGAGGCCGAGCGGACCGCGCGGGAGAAGCUCAGCCGCUCCCUGGAGAACUACGAGCACAUCGUGGAGCGAAGGGGCUUGGAGCUGCGAGAGAAGGCCAAGCGUGAGGAGGAGCAGAUCCUGCGAGCCCGCCGCGCCGCCGAGAACCGGGAGCGACAGCAGCAGAAGCAGUUGGAGGCCCGCGCUCGCGAGGCCGACAAGCGGGCCCGGCAGGCGGCGCUGCUGGCUGAGGAGCGCGCCAAGGAGAAGGCCCGGCGUGCAUCGCAGAACCGACGGGAGAAGGAGCGGUUGCAGCGCCUCAACCGCCAACGUGUAGAGGAUGAAGAGCGCCGGCGACGGCGUGAGCUGCUGCAGUCCAUCGAGCGCAAGUUAGAGAAGAGCGAACAGAUCUUCAAGGAGAAGCGUGCCGUGUUGGAGAGCGCUCGCUCGGUGGCACGUGCCUCUUUCCAUGUGCGAGACAAAGUGCGUGAAGAGACCAAUGUCCGCACAUUUGACAAGAUGGCACUGGAGGCUCAACUGAAAGCCGGACUGGAUGACAAAUAAGAUCAGUUCUUCAAAGCUUUACUCCCUUUUGCCCCUCAAAAAAGGAUGUUUUUUACUCUCCCGUAUUCAUCAGAAACUAGCCAUUCCUCUUUUGUACCGCCUUUUGUGCCACUAUCACCGUGACGACAGCCCGGGUUCUUAGCAGAGAACUCCCGCAGGCGGCGGCACAGCAUUACAGGAUAACCCAAAUUAGGAGGAAUUCGUCCAGAAAAAAAACGCUCCAGGUCGAUGAUUCACCCGAUGUCCUCAUCGUUUGCCCGUACGCUCUGCUAGCCACGCACAAGCUAAGGGCUACAGGUCCAUGAGACGAUGAAUCAAGAUGACCCGGGGGAAGACAAGUCUCAUCGAACUGCACAGAUGCAAAUGAAACACAUCAACUUUUUUGAGGGGUGUGUGAGGUUUGAAGACAACUUUAUUUGCAUCGACCCGGUUCCUUUUUCUCCCCCUCCCCUAAUUGUGCCAACCCUCUUCUGUUCCAGCUUGUACAUGCUCAGUUCAGGUGUGGCUAUAAUUAAAAACAAAAGUUUAUGGCAAGAUAAAAAUCAAAGGUUGAAUAAAACAAAUCUCUCCUUUGA